GGGGGAAUCUUACCUGUACCUGUGGGAGGGAGUGCCAUUCGUCAUCGUCCGACUCCAAAUCAGGAUCAACUUUUCCUUCUUCCAGCAGCCCAAAGAGGUAGAAGUCUGCCAGGACGGCUUGGAAGUGAACGAACGACUGCUGCAGGACUCCGAGCAUGGAGCCUAUAACGUCGUGGAGCGAGGAGAGAGUCGGCGAGUGGCUCCAAGGUCUGGAUGCUCCCCUGCAUCAGUACCCAAUCUCCGAAUGGCAUUUGUCGGGUUUGGAUCUGCUCCAGCUGACUUGUCAGGACUUGGAAAAGUUGGGAGUAUAUAAGAUUGGACACCAGGAGCUAAUACUGGAGGCUGUGGAGAAACUCUGCUCUCUGACGUAUGGAAUGGGCGGUGAGAACCUCCGCAGCCUGACAGAGAAGCUGCGUGCCGUGGCCCACACCCUCCAGAUGGGCAUCCAGGGCCGCUGGCGCCUCAACAGCUACGAUGGCCGCAGCACCACCAAGCUGCCUGCCGUCAUUCUGCAGAUGGUAGUGGAGCUCAUCACAUCUGCCAAAGGACUCUUCUCUUUGCUCAACAGGUAUCAGUUUUCCCAGCUCAGUGGAUGCACCUCCACCAAGAACAUAUUCAACUACUGCAGACAUCUGGGAGAGAUUGUCCACAAGGAUACCACUGUCUAUGAAAAGGAGAAGGACAUCAUAUCUGAAUGCCGUCAGUUGGUGUCGGUGUGUGAUGAGAUCCUGAGUUUGAGCCCUGAGAAUCUUCUUACCCACAGUGCUCAGCUGGAGAGUGUGGACCUAGUGCCUGUGUCACCUGGUGAUCAUCUGGGUAUUGAGAUAACAUCCACCAGCUCCAGUAACCACUUUGUGACCGGGACUGCUGCUGAGUCUUCAGAUGAUGCCUAUUUGAAGAUUUUGGCCGGAGAUGAGGUGAUUCAAGUCAACGACCAGAUAGUGGUGGGCUGGAGCAGAGCUAACCUUGUGAAGAAGCUGCAGGAGAAUCCCAGCGGAGUGACUCUGGUCCUGAAGAAGAUUCCUGGGUCAGUGCGACGCAGAAACCCACUCCGGCUCUCCUCCAGACAGAAGGAGGAAGAGGAGAAGGAAGAGAGGUCAGAAGGGGAAGAGGAAGAGGACGAGGACGAGGAGAACCCGAGGCACUCCAUCUUUGAGAGGGUAGCAGCCUCCGUCAGGUCCCUGUCCUUUAGGAAAGCCAUUCAUGGGCCAGAGGUUCAUCAGCAGCCUGCGGGACACGAGGAAUCAGAGCUGUCCUCUGUCAGUCAGCUGGAUGGGACUCUGAAUCUCCCUUCACAUCAAAGCCACCUGUCCUCUGUCAGUCAGCUGGAUGGGACUCUGAAUCUCCCUUCAUAUCAAAGCCACCAGGGAGGGCUGUCACCACAGUCCGCCUCAGGGGAUUUUGAGAGUUUAAGGCUCUCCCCAAGACCAAGACGAGACCGGUCUCCCUCACCCAGAAGUCCUUCUCCCUUUGUGUUAUUCAGAAGUUCUUCACCUCUGGCAGUCGACCAGGAAACAGCCAGCAUCAGUUCCUGCCCUGAAAUGGUGGGACACACGGGCCAUAAGGACACAAACAAGACUUCAUCAAAAGGAUUGACGACGGCUAUGAGUCGGCGCCGUGUGUCCUGCCGCGAGCUGGGCCGUCCCGACUGCGACGGCUGGCUGUGGAAGAAGAGACGAGAGGGCAGCGUCUUCAUCGCCCAGAAGUGGCAGCGCUUCUGGUUCAUCCUCAAGGGGCCGUGUCUUUAUUGGUACAACACCCAACAGGAUGAGAAGGCAGAGGGUCUUGUCAAUAUAGCCAGCUACAGCAUAGAAAGCGCUGGAGAGCACAAGAGAAAAUACGUGUUUAAAAUGUGCCACCAGAGGUUUCACAACUUCUUCUUUGCUGCUGAAAAUGUCACGGACAUGAGCAAGUGGAUCAACUAUCUGAUCACAUCCAUACACAAGCACAAGAAGUUUCACACGGGCCCAGACAGUGAAGAAGAAUGUUACAGUGAGACUGAAUCAGAAAGCGAGACAUCACCUUCGCCUCGUAGAAGAAACAAGAAAGUGCAGUCCCACACUCUGCCUCGCCCCAAGGGGAAGACGAACAAGGUGCCAUUAGUCAGUUCUGUGACAGGGGGCAGCAAAGGAACAGGAGGACCAGUGGAUGAGAUGGGCAUGAUGCUAAACAACAUAAAGGAAGGAGGGGUCUCUCUGAUUGGUAAAGAGCAGCCAUUCACACACGACCACUUCAGGAAAUCGUUUAUUCGACGCAACAAGAACCCCAUCAUCAAUGAGAAGGCGCACACGCUCAGAGCACUUCAGAGCACUCUUAAGGCCAAAGAGGUGGAGCUGCUGCACAUCAACAAGCUCUUAGAGGACUCAGAUAUGUCAGCUUCUACGUAUCGUCAGUGGAAGGAGAACAACGAGGAACUGGUGAAAGAAAUUGAGAGACUGGCCGCACACAAGUCCAGCAAAGGAGCUGAGGGCACAACAGAGCAGGACACGCCCAUUGAGGAGGUUGCCUUGGAAACUGUCGAUAAGGAAACAGCCUCCUCGGAGACAGAGGGCGCGUACAGACUGAGCCUCAGCGACGGGGAGCAGCUCGUAGACGCCGAAACGUCUGAUGUUCUCCUGGAGAACCCACUGGGUUGUCCCAGCCCCAGUCCAGUGUUAGAACUCUCUCUGGGGUCGCUGCAGGAUUCAAUAAACGAAAAGCUGAGUGAAAUGGUGGAGAGCGGAGAAGCCGCCGAGAACUACUUCUACAUUUAACCCCACGCUUGAACAGUCUCAUCACUGUAAAGUUGCUAUGUUUUACUAGAAUCAGACAAAUGGACGAGGUUUUUCAUGCAACAGUUCAGAGAGAUUUGACUGUGUCUUAUGCUGACGUUAGGAAUUGAUCGAAAUUGCCAAUAAAUCAGCACUUUAAUCAAGCACGUCAGUGAAAUGCAUCAGUGCAGAUUUGGACUUGCUCACAACAAACAAAUAUGUCAAGUUUACAACAGAGAAAAUGAACAAUUUGCCAAGUGUCAAUCAGUAUGUAUUUAUGCGAUUCUACAGCCGUCUCGUUCUCUUAAUGAUAGAAAGUAGAACUUUCUUAAAAUUCAAUGAGAAUUUGUAAUAUAAGUCAAGACUCUUGUAAUGUGAUAUGUAAAUACAGUUUUACUAUAAAUACUGUAUGUAUUUGUUUAUUGACAGUACCUUAAUAAAAGGUAUCCAUUUUAAACAUUUUGCACAGAACAUUAUGCUUCAGAAAUACCCUUGGUGUAGCCCCUUGUUGCUUAAGAUGAUAUUUUUGUCUCUGUCAUUUGAUCAGCCUUCUUUCCCAUAUGAGAACAAAGUGCACUUCACCACAUACGUGUAAAGACACACAGUAUGAACCAUACAGUAGAGCAGCUUGACAGCUCUGGAUCUGUGUCUUUAUUGCCAAGGGCUGCCACGAAUGCAGCAAAACAAUAAAAGACGCCUCAAUCGCUGAGAGGCCUAUUCACUGUGGCAUCGAUCAACCUAAUAAAAAGGGAGCAAUGAUGA